GUUUUCUUCUUUUACAAAGCAACAACAUAACUAACUGAUGCUAAUCUUUUUACUUACCGGCAACGUGGAAUUCCCGGUAAGAGAUGGCAAUAUCUGACCGACAUAAAACCAACGGCGACCACAGCAUGAAGCUGUUUGGGCUCUGUCCUUUCUGGCAAGCGGCAACUAACUCUUCCGCUUCGUCGUCUACACAAAACCUCAACCACAGUCAUAACGGUGGCAGCAACAGUAGCCGAAGCGCGGCGGUUAAUAGUAGCGGUUUGAAGUCAACGACAGUUUCUUCUGUUGCACGAUCGCUUUUACCCGCUCGGCGAAGGCUCCGGCUUGAUCCUUCUAAUAAUCUCUACUUCCCUUACGAACCCGGGAAGCAAGUAAAAAGCGCAGUAAGGUUAAAAAACACAAGCAAGUCUCAUGUUGCUUUUAAGUUUCAAACAACUGCACCGAAGAGCUGUUAUAUGCGUCCGCCCGGUGGUAUUCUUGCUCCAGGAGAGAGCCUUAUUGCGACGGUUUUCAAGUUUGUGGAUCCACCGGAGAACAAUGAAAAACAAUUGGACCAGAAGAGCAAGGCUAAAUUCAAGAUUGUGAGUUUGAAAGUGAAGGGAGGAUUGGAGUAUGUGCCUGAACUGUUUGAUGAACAAAAGGAUCAAGUAACAGUUGAGCGAGUAUUGCGGGUUGUGUUUUUAGAUGCAGAGCGUCCUAGUCCUGCAAUGGAGAAAUUGAAGCGUCAAUUGGCUGAAGCAGAAGCUGCUCUUGAAGUACGCAAGAAACCUCCACCAGACACAGGGCCCCCUGUUGUUGGGGAAGGUCUUGUUAUUGAUGAAUGGAAAGAGCGGCGAGAAAAGUACCUGGCUCGACAACAGGUUGAAGCAGUACAGUAAUUGUGAGAUGUGGUUUUGAUCUUGCUGCAAGUUGUAUUGAUUCAGCCCCUUGACUUAUGGGCAAGGGGAGGUGGAGUUGAGUUGGCAGUCAGGCGCACCAGGAGGAGAAGAUUCUGUUACCAUGCUGAUAUUUGUUUGAUGGAUGGUAUGGGGGUCAGUUCAGGGUGCUAGGGAUGGGCUUGACCUCCUGCAUGUAGAUAGUGGAUUUGUUUUGCAAUGAAAAUAAAGUAGGCAUAUUUUUGUAUUCCUUAGGGAUGGGUGCUCAGAUUUGUGCCGGCUUUUCAAGGCUGGUGUAUUGGAAGUUGUAUUUGAUCAAUAAGGUGGUAGCUCAUUUGUUUAUUACAUGUAUAUUACUUCUCGUGCAUUUCUUGGGACAUCAUGAUUCAUCAUGGACUUGCAUAGUAAAAUAAUCUAUAUUUUUUUUUUCC